CACUUGUGCGCUUACGUGAAAAUAAAUUUCAAAAAAAAAAUAUAUCUAUAAAACGCAUCUCAAGAAUCUAUAACACAACAUUUCAUACAAUUUAAAGCCGUAAAGAAGAAAAACAUUAAAACGAGUUAUGUAACGUAACGUAAAUCAUAACGUAACAAAAAUACAUACAAAGAAAAGAAAGAAAAAGCAUUGUUUUUGAAAUAAAACUUUUUGAAAAUGUUGUAUUUUUACGAAAAUGUAUCGUUAUCUUAACAUACAAUUGAAAAGAACAAAAUUGCGCAAUUAUCAUCAGUUAUUGUUAUAUUUUCUUAUAAUUGUUUACGUAAAUACGAAAAUAAAACAAACGUCUAACGUAGUAAAAAAGCCAAUUUUCAAAUUAACUAAAACCCAGAGUUUAUUAAUAAUAUAUUUAAAUUUUUGUUACGGAUUUUUUAACUCUCAAAAGCUGUUUAAAUUAUAACGUUAAAUAAAUUACAAAAUAUUAAAAAAAAAACACACAAACACUCUCUCGUAACACUCACUAUCAAUCAAUUAAUAAAUUUACUUAGCAUAACUAUAUAGGAAAAAUUUUAAAUCUUAAGAUUUAAAAUUUUCGUAUAAUUUUAAAAGACGCUUUUUGAUAAAAAGAGAAAUUUAAGAAAAAGCGCCAGAAAAAAAACCAAGGAACAUUUUAAACUUCCCCUUCUCCUGCCAUUACGUUAAAACUGAAUUAUUUUAUUUAUUUAUAUAUAUAUUACACUAAGUUAUUGUGUUAUUUUUACUACCCCAUUUAAAUUUUAUUUAACACAUUAAUCAUAAAAUUAAAAAAAAAAUCAUCAAAAUAAAUAAAUAACUAAACAAAAACAACUGCCUUUACAACCCAAAAGUAAAAAAAGAUAAAAAACUACAAUAAACACCCACCGAAUAAAUCUGGCAUCAUUGUAUAAACUAACAUCUAAGAAACGUCAAAACUACCACCAACUAUAAUACACAUCAACUUUACGUCACCAAAGCAUAAACAGCAACAACAACAAAAAAGAAAACAUCUUAAAAGCAGCAAAGAAAAACAAAAGAGAGAGAGAGAGAGUAGCCAAAAAAAGCAGCAAAAGAGAACAAUCAAAAGAUCAAUAACAUUGCUAAAUUAACUCCAAAAUCUACCACCACCCAACAGUAAAACUACAACCCCUUCUUUACACUUCUUUAAAAAUUCUUCAAACAUUUUCAUUUCAACACUAAAAAGGACUUCAUCUCCUCUAGAAAGUCUCGAGCUGCUAGUUGGUGAAAACUAGCUGGCUGGCUGAGCCUUCAAAAUAAACUCCAUAAUCCUGAAAACAACCCACUUGCAGUUAAAGCGGGUUUUAUUUUGUACAAAAUAUGGCAACACCUCAAGUCAAAGACUUGGUGUUGCGUUCGCCAGCUGGUUCAUCUGAGGUCUUAACAUUUUCGUGGCCCCUUCAAGUUGGUACCGGCCAAGAUAGACACGAUAAUGGCAUUGAUAUUAUUGAUACCAUUAAAUUUGUUUGUGAUGAACUGCCAAGCAUCUCAUCGGCAUUCGAAGAGAUUAAUCUUAAUCAUAUAGACACUGCCUGUUAUAAGACUAUGACAAAUCUUGUCGAUCGGUUUAAUAAAGCCGUGGACAGUAUUGUUGCAUUGGAAAAAGGAACCUCACUGCCUGCUGAGCGUCUAAAUAAAUUCGCUCAUCCCAGCCUCUUAAGACAUAUUUUACAAUUAGUUUACAAUGCUGCCGUACUCGAUCCCGAUAAACUUAAUAAUUAUGAACCAUUUUCACCGGAGGUUUACGGUGAAACCUCCUAUGAAUUGGUACAACAAAUGAUAAAACAUGUGAAUGUUACCAACGAUGAUACGUUUAUUGAUUUGGGUUCGGGUGUAGGACAAGUUGUUCUACAAAUGGCCGGAUCAUUUCCACUAAAAUCAUGUAUUGGCGUAGAAAAAGCCGAUACACCCGCACGUUAUGCCGAACGUAUGGAUAUGUUUUUUCGUCAAUUUAUGGCAUGGUUUGGCAAACGUUACUGUGAAUACAAACUGUUAAAGGGAGAUUUUCUUGUCGAUGAACAUCGUGAGAAGAUAACAAGUUCAUCGUUGGUAUUUGUAAAUAAUUUUGCCUUCGGUCCGAAUGUGGAUCAUCAGUUGAAAGAACGUUUUGCCGAUUUGCGUGAUGGUGCGAGAGUAGUAUCGUCUAAAUCGUUUUGUCCUUUAAACUUUAGAAUAACAGAUAGAAAUUUAAGUGAUAUUGGUACGAUUAUGCAUGUCAGCGAGAUACCGCCGUUAAAAGGUUCAGUUUCCUGGACCUGUAAACCUGUAUCAUAUUAUCUACAUGUCAUCGAUCGCACAAUUCUAGAACGUUAUUUCCAACGUCUUAAAACUCAAAAAGGUGCUGAAAACGAUCAUCAUGCGGGUGGUAAUACACGCACUACCCGUGAUCGUGCCAAACGUGAAGCCAAUAAUCAAGCUUUAACAAACUCCCAAAAUUCCAACUCGAAUACUGCUCGUACAAAUUCUCCCGCUGCUCAUGUUAAUAAUACAACGACUACUAAAACUAGACAACAGCAACAACAGCAGCAGCAGCUACAAGAACAACAAAAGCAGCAGCAACAACAACGUAAUAUGGAAGUGGAUACUUCAACUGAAAGUGAUGGUGAAGCCAAUACCGCCAAUGGCAAUAGUAAUUGCAGUGGUGGACCGACAGUAACGCGUAAAGUAUGGUCUGAUUGGGGCAGUUCGAAAGGAGGCAAAAGUUCACAAAGCGACGAAGAGGAGAAUAACAAUUUCAUAACAACGACAUCGCGCACUGCGCGUACUACAACACAGAAAAAGCGCAAGAAAUUAACGCGCAAAGCAGCCAUAGCCAGUAAAAGUGCCGCUGCAGCAGCUCAAAGAGAAGCGGCUGCUAAAGAAAGAGCCGAAGCAGCUCAGGCCUCUAAAGAUAAUUCUUCGAAAGAAGAUUUUGGUGGCAAUUCUACAGGUGGUGGUUCAAUUACAGCUAAAGGACGCAAGGGACGCUUAAAAAAGGGGGCGCGGGGAAGGAAAAACAUCAAAAUUGCCGGUUUGGAUGUGUUGCAUCAGGAAACUUUACUCUCUACUUCUGUGGAAGCCAUGAGCAAAAAGUUACCACCCGCCCCCGGUACCAUAGAUCAACAAUUAACUUCAUUGUUAACUGAAAAUAUGGAUCACGCUGAAUUGGAGAUACCAACUUCACCACAAGACACUCCCUAUGCCUUGCAAAUCCUACUAGAUGUCUUUCGUUCUCAGUAUAUGGCGAUGAUAGAUCAAAUGAAAUCAAAGUCCUUUAUACCCAAUAUCAAGAGACAAAUACAAUUGGAACAGGAACGCAAACAACGCAUCAAAAAUAGAGCUUCCCAAUUAGAUAAACAAAUUAAAGUGCUAAUAGAUGAUAGUGUGGCCUUGUUAAAAGUACGUAUGAAUGAACUGGGCAUUAAUGUUUCCUCGCCCAAUGAUCUUAUAGCGAAAGCUAAGGAAAUAGUGGGACGUCAUAAAGAGCUGCAAGGUAUUGCCAAGAAGAUUCAAUCACAAGUUACCGCCUGUGAAAUGGAACAGAAGCGUUUGUUGAAAAAACAUCUACAGCAAUUGCCGGAAUACCAAAAGUUGUAUGGCAUUAAUGGAAAAACCAAAUUGCAUGAUUUACCAGGCUCUGAGUUGUCUGAAGCUUCGGCCCACGAGUUGGUGCUCAAGGAAAUUGCAAAUACUUUAGCACAACGCAAGAAAUUAGUGGCCCAAGUCUCCAGCAUAGAAAAAGAGGCCAAUAGUUUGGAAAAGGCGGUAGAUGAGAGAAGAACUGCUGCCGCUUUAAUGGCCCAAGGCACCAAUAUUAUAUUGGCCAAUAGCUCAGCCAACCCCAAUAGCAUUAGUAAUCCUAACCAACCUUUACAACUUACUACCAAUCAUAAUCAUUUGAAUUCUAUUAGCAUAAAUCAUGCCACUUCUACGGCAAAUCUUUCUGCCUCGGCAGCAGGAGCUUCUACUUCAUCUUCAGCAUCGUUGUCCGUAACUCCAGCAAACAAUAAUAGCUGUUCUACUACCUCUUUAGUGCCAAAUAAUAUCAAUAAUACUAAUACUGCUAUCCAACCCUCUAUAACAGUAACGAAAACUUCUAGUAAAUCAGUGCGCCGUAGUAGAGAUCAUCGCACACGUUCCCAGGAAUGGCCGGACGUACCAGAUGUGGGUAAGAUCGAAGAAAGCAAUCCCGAGGUAUUGGCGCAAAAGAUUUUGGAAACAGGACGUAAAAUAGAAGCAGGAAAGUUGACAACUAACUCCUCCUCGUCUAAGCAUCAACAUCAACAAAACAUAGCUAACAAUCAUCAUCAUCAACAACAUCAUCAGCAUCAGCUGCAGCAAUUGCAUGCUCAGCAGCAGCAACAGCAACACCAUCUAAUAAACCAAAAUCUUCAUCAACAUAUGCAACAACAACAUAUUCCUUCUCAUCACCCCGAAGAUAAACCCUACAGAAAUAAACAUCAUGCUGCAACACAUCAGCAUCAUCAUCAUCAACAACAGCCGCAGCAUCAUGUACAGCAUUCACAGCAACGUUCAAGUAGUAAUGAACAUUUACCUUCUAUAGGUGUUUAUGCAGCUGCUGGACAAGCAGAUCCUAGUACUUUAAUGCCUGCUCCCAAACAAAGAGAUAACAAUCUACUCUUACAAUCGAAUACAGGCACUUCAAUACGACCCAUUAACAACAGCAACAACGCAAUGACUAGUGGUAUUUUACCCAAAUGUGAAUUGCCCGGCAUGCGUAAAACAAAUAACAACAAUGUGCCCGUCGUUAGCAUACAAGAGUCUCCCAAAGUGGCCAAUUUCGAAGAUAGGCUUAAGAGUAUUAUAACCUCAGCUCUCAAUGAAGAUCAAGAACAACGCAAGGCUCAACAGGUGGUAAAUCAGGUGCAAGUUGAAGUUUCUCCCUCUCCACAACAAUCACCGGUACCAAAACGUAGCAAACACUCGCAUUUUAAUGCUGGAUCGUCCUCCUCCUCAAAUACUCAUAAUUCUUUAAGCAGUAUUAUAAAUGUCGCUACCCAUGGCAUGACUCACCUAAAUGCUACAACCACUAUAUCGCCCAUAACGCCUGCAUUACCGCCACCACAACCGCCAGCCACACAUGGUGCUGGCUCAGGUGGUGUUGGACUCACAAAAUAUGGUGCUAGUAAAGGCAUGUUACUGCAGCCUCUCAACUCUUCUGCAACGUCUUCCUCAGGGGCAGUUAGCAACUCUUCUUCUGCGAAAUCCUCUAAAUAUCAUCAGUCCCUUAAUGUUAACGCCAAUAAUCCACAACAUUUGAAUAAUAUUUAUGGUGCAGCCGAACAUAAUUUGCACAGACGACGCAGUUCGGUAUCAGCGGCUAAUUAUGAACAAUAUAUGGCCAGUCAACAGAGAGAAAGGGAAAGAGAACAUCAACUACAACAACAGCAGCAGCAUAUGAUGAAUAUGGCUCAGCAUAAUCCACACAAUCUAUCAUUGGAAUUUAAACAACCUCCGCUUAGUGUGGAAAAUCAUUUACAGCAACGUUCUAGUAGUCGCGAAAUGUUAAUGGAAGAUCCUGCACCUCCAGUGCGUUCAUCAUCAGCCAAUUCGGAUUCGGCUUUGCAAUAUUAUCCUCCCACUCGUGAUCGUCUAAUGUCUCUGGAAAGAAGUAGUAGUCGGGAAUCGGCCAUAUCACAACAUCAUACAGCACAACAUCUUAUUAACCCACAACAACAACCACCCAGCCGACCCAGCUCAAACUCCUCACAACCCGACUAUACACAAGUCUCCCCUGCUAAAAUGGCUUUAAGGCGUCAUUUAUCACAGGAGAAACUUAAUCAGGUGCCACCCGGUUCAUCGGCUACGUCCGGCAAUUCUCUACCACCCAUGUCCUCCACCAAAACUAUAGGCGAUUUGGUUAAUGGUGAGAUAGAAAGAACUCUGGAGAUAACCCAUCAAACAAUAAUAAAUGCUGCCGUUAAUAUGUCCACUGUGGGAUCGGCUUCCGGAGAACGUAAUCCUUAUCUCUUUGAACGUAGCCUCUUCAAUAAUGAUAGAGAUCGUGAUCGUUCUAACGACAGAGAACGCGAGAGAGAAAGAGAACGCGAAAGAGAAAAGGAACGGGAACGGGAACGAGAACGUGAAAGGGAAAGAGAACAUUUGAUUAUUAAUAAUCAUGCUCAAAGACCCGAACGUGUACAUGUUAAAAUGGUCGAUGACGUUAGCAAUCCCAAUUACUCGGAUAUUUCGCCGAGAGCAACAACACAAUCAGCUUCGUCUGGUCGUAAAUCUCCCACAUAUGCUCAUAAUUUGGCCACAUUGGCAAAUGUUGCAUAUCAGCACAAAACUAUACCAAAUGCAAAUUCGACAACAAAUAAUCAUCAUACAUCAACGUCGUCCACCAACUCCUCGGCUUCUGCAGGACCACCUACAAGACACUACAACAACAGUGCUACUAGUAGUCAGAAUACUAACAGUCAACGUGAACGAGAUUUAAAUAGUUUACCAUAUCAUCAUAUGUCCUCCUCAGCAUCAAAUGUUGCUGCCAAAAAUUCUUCGAUUAACUCGACUACCGCACCCACUUCGUCCACGUCAAAUCGUGACUAUCAACCGGUGGCUUUGCCCAGAGCUGAAAUGAAACCCUGUAUUGAGGCCUAUUUUCAAGAACAAGAUCACCAUCAGUCGUCUCAGCCGCAGCAGCAGCAACAUUUAUCAUCAUCCUCGUCAUCCCACAGCCAUAAAUCCAGUAAAGACAGACAUUCUUCUUCGCGUAGCAAUCGCUUGAAUGGCACAAAUCCUCCUUUAGAAGGUUUGGCCGCAUCAUUAAUGGCAUCACGUAAAUUCCGGGAGGAACACGAGGAACGACAAAAAAGAGCCGCAGCAGCAUCCACAACCACAAGUCAUAAUAACGAUCAUCAUGUUGGUAAUCAUGGUCAACAUCAUCAGCAGCAGCCGACACAAAAUCGUCAACAUCAUAAUAAUGCUGCGGAACAUUAUAGCAAUUCAUAUAGUCAGCAGACAACAUCUACGCAACAUAAUAAUCAUCAUAAUGGCUCUUCUAUGAAGGUGGAACUUGGUGUAAAACGUACAUCACCCAUGACAAAUAAUCAUCCGAGGGCUUCAAAAGUGCCACACUACUCCAAUGAGCCGUCUUUAACACAUCAUAGUGCACACUCUGGACAAAACUCGUAUGCCAAUACAAAUGGCGGAGGUAUAAAUAGUGGUCAUCAUCAGGGAAAUCAUAGUUCACCCACAUCUACAAAUACGGCUGGAGCUGGUGUAAAUUCUUCAAAUAGACGUGGUAAUAAAUUAAGCUUGGAACCUUUACUUAUGAGUCCUGAAAUUAAUUCCAUAAUGGGAGGUGAUGAGGCUAGAACAAUGCAACAGCAUAAUUCUGCUGCUAAUAGUAGGCAAAACUUACAUAAUAACAACAACAACAGUCAUCAACAUCAUGGUCAUUACAAUAACAAUUAUCAUCAUCAGCAGCAACAAGGCCCUCAACAUCAACACACAUCCAAUAAUCACCACAACAGUCACCACCACCACCAACAUCAUCAACAACAACAACAACAUCAUCAACACAAUCAUCAUAAUAAUAUCCCACAUUUAAAUAGUCGCAAUACAAACAACAACAACACAAGCAGCAACAACAACAAUUCCGCCACAUCAUCAUCUUCCACUUCUUCAAAUGUUCUUACGAAUUCUAAUCCCAUCGUAGGAAAUCGUAAUGCAGAUGAUGAUGAUGUUAUAGCUGAUGAUGAGAGCCAUUGGCAGCAUCGUGUUAGUUCGGGUUUUGAUCGUUUAGUAGCAUUUGCCUCAACCGAAUUGGAUAAGACCAGACGUUCAAUUGAUACCGAUACGGUACCAUCUUCGAUCAGUUGCAAUACCUCACCCGAUUCGGGUAUAACACACAGUAGCAGUAAUUCAGAUGCAGCCAGAACAUUCCUAUCCACCUCAUCGACUUCAUCACAAUUGGAUUUACCCAUUAGCAGUGGCAGUAGUACCUCUAGUGGUAAUAGCAGUUUUAUGGGUCAUCAUGGCCAUCAUCAUAAUCAUUUGGGCGGCAGUCAAGAUCAUUUAAGUGACAGCAGCAUGAAAUCCACACAUUCGGAUGUAAAUUCUCUGCCCAUAACUCUUAAGAAUUGCUCUUCACCGCAAGAUCCUACAGCAAUAGAUAGUCCUCCACUAUCAGAUAUGGGUUUGCCUAGAACACCCAGUCCCAAUGUGGCGGUUAAUACACCUCCACCAUCUCUGUUGAAUGUCAAUAACAAUAGUUUGGAUACUACGGGAAAUAAUUUGAAAAUUCCUUUAAAAUAUCAACGCAAAUCGAAAACGUCUUUGGAAAAACAUUAUAAAAAGAAAUUCUGUGAACGUAAUUGGGAAUAUGAUUGUGAUGAACUGUUGGCCUAUUCAAAUUCCUCUUCAAAUACAGCUGCCGAUGCAGCAGGCAAUGCUAACGAUCAGCUAGAGGUGGCGGGGAAGGAUAUGGAUUGUUUAAACAAUGCUCUGGAGCAGCAACAGCAAAUACAACAUCAUCAUCAUCAUCAACAGCAGCAACAACAUGCUCAUCACAAGUCUUCAAAAUUUCGACCAAAAGGCAAAGAUUGGGAUUGGUCUAUGGACAGCAAUAGCAGCAGUAGUCAAAAGACCAAAUGUGAUGCUUCAGCUAAUGCAGUAACCGCCACGCCACAAUCACUGCAGUAAAAUUGUUAUUUAAAGAAAAUAUUUUCUUUAUCAUAAAACUAUAAAUUAAGUUUAACUUGUUUUCUUUUAUUUUUUUCUUUAAUUCUUAUAUAUUUUUCUGUAACAAAAUUGUUUAUUUAGU